GGUUUUUUGAUUAUACGUGUUCCCAUGCGCUUCAGGAACUUUAAGAUCAGCGACUCCACAUUUUGUUAAGAAAGGAGACAAAGGUGUCGACCUGCUUGCAUCACUUUGCAACAUGUAUGAUGCUUCAGAAGAUGAUUUGAGGAAAACAAUGAAGAUGGCCAAUAAGUUAGUACAAGAUAUAUUGGGAAAAAAGCCAUGUCCAGCAGCUGAGCGUAAAAUGGAAACUUUGGAAAAUAUUGAUACCGGUUCUUCAUUUAAGUCAUGAAUACAAUUUUGGCAACAUGCUUUCAUCGGUUUUGCUUUUAAUUUACGUGAUCUUCUUUGAUGCAGAUGGCUUGAUCUAUUUUGAAGGUUUAAUGGAGGAACAAUCUCUUUCAUCCUGUUUGAAUAUUUUAGAAAAUGAUUAUGAUCCCAUUUGUAAUAAAGGUGAUCUGGAUGAAAGGGUGUUUGUAAAUGAAGAAGAUAGUUUACUUGGUUUAGGGAGCUUGUCUGGAGGGGCUAUGCAUGUUACUGGUAUCAAGAGGAAACUUGAUUCAAUGGCCUCACAAUCAAAGUCAAUCUCAAGCCCACUGUCUCCUCGACGGCCUCCUGCCUCUCAUAUGAAUGGUGUACUUGGAUCGCCGAGUGCGAAGAUGGCAGCUACGCCCGUCAGCACUGCAAUGACAACUGCAAAAUGGCUUCUUUCUGUUAUUUGUCCUCUUUCUCCAAAACCUUCAGCUGAGUUGCAGCUUUUUUUAUCAUCGUGUGAUAAAGAUGUUACCAAUGAUGUGAUAUGGAGGGCACAUAUAAUAUUGGAGGCAAUAUUCCCUAGAAAUCAUGAACGUAGUGCAAUCGGAAGCCUUCAAAGUGUAAACCUGAUGGAUAAUAUAUGGAUGGAACAACGAAGGCUAGAGGAACUAAAGUUAUACUAUAGGGUUUUGGAAGCCAUGUGUACUGCAGAGGCACAAAUAUUACAUGCAGCUAACUUGACGUACUUAUUAACUAAUGAGAGGUUUCAUAGAUGUAUGCUUGCUUGUUCUGCUGAACUAGUGCUAGCGACACAAAAGACUGCCACAAUGUUGUUCACUACAGUACUGGAAAGGACUGGUAUUACAGCCUUUGAUCUGAGCAAGCUGAUAGAGAGUUUCAUUAGACACGAGGAGUCUCUGCCAAGAGAAUUGAGGCGGCAUCUAAAUUCUCUGGAAGAGAGGCUUUUGGAGAGCAUGGUGUGGAGUAAAGGCUCCUCAAUGUAUAAUUCUUUGAUAGUUGCAAGACCUUCUCUGUCUGCUGAAGUAAAUCGUCUUGGCCUAUUGGCAGAGCCAAUGCCAUCUUUGGAUGCAAUUGCGAUGCAUGUAAACUCUUCUGGAGGUACACCUCCAGUGUCAGCUUUGCUGAGGCACGAAACAUCAACAGGUAAUGUUGGCAGCUUAAUCUUAGGUGUGCAACAUUUUGAGCUUUAUUUUAAUACUUUCUGA